CAAAUAGUCAUAUGGAUUUUCAGUGUCUUGUUUAGUCUUUUCUCAACCAUUUCUGUACAGCGAUAUGGAGUUGCAAUUUAUUUUUUGUUCAUUUUCUUAAUCACGUUCGCUAUCAACUUUGUUAUUUCCAUCAUAUAAUAAUCACCACCAUAAAUCCUGCAUUUUCACCACUGCAAAAACCUUACAAUCUUACGACUCAUUUCUUACGGUUUUUUUCCCUUUCAUCGUUAAUCUAUUUUAUUACAAAUUACCAUCAGCGAUAACUUUUUCUCUCUAUCGAUGGCUACAAAUAAUCAAGUUAUUCUGAAAGAAAAUACCGUCCAUUAUCGUCUUUAUCCCGAUUUAAGUUUACUCAGUGAUAAAUCGACUCAUGGUGAUCAUCUCAAAGACUAUACUUUAGAUUGUUUCAAUAAAUUGAGUGAUUUCCUCAAGGAUUAUAUUUGGCAUUUUGAAGAAUUUAAUUUACAUUCGACUAAUACCUCGUCUAAUCAAGUUGCAUAUGUCGAAGGGACUACAUGUUUUGAGGAUAAUGUUGAAGAUGAGUGGUUUAUCGUAUAUUUGCUAAUAAAACUAACUCAAUUGGACUCUCGUCUUGUUGUUAGUGUUGAAGACUCGGAUGGACAAUUUUUACUGAUUGAAGCUGCUGACUACUUACCAGGCUGGGCUGAUCCAGAAACUACUGAAAAUCGAGUAUUCAUUUUUAACGGUGAAGUGCACUUAAUCCCACCCAGCAUAGUUCCCUUUCCCAAAGACAGCGAUGAUUAUUCACCAAUACAAAUAACCCAAGCGCUCUCCAUUAUUCGAGAUGAGACCAAAAAGACUAAAUGCAGUGAAAAAAUUCAAUACUCUAUUCGCAAACGAAUAAGCAUAUUUCCAGAACAGAUAAAUGGCCAGAAACAUCAUGCUCAUUGUUUUAUUCCAGCAGGUGUAGCUGCACUUCUCAAUCAUCAACCAAAUUUAAUAACAUGGGCUAUAAGAGCAUUUUAUCAUCGUGAUGCAAUCGAUCUAAAAGCUUGUAGAUCAAUGAAAUAUUUUCCUCCGGAAAAUCGGGUCAAACGAAAUGUCACUUUCACCAAAUGUCUAUAUGCUCAAGCAAUCAGUCAAAAAUUUCAACCCGAUCCAAAAGUAGGAUGGAAUCUACCUCCCAAGGAUUCACCGUUAUUCAAAUCUUAUGAUUUAGGUGUGAAAAUUGCCUGUGGUUUUGAGAUUCUAGCAAAUCGAGGUACAACAUUUAAUGCUGGAGACAAAACAUCAACCAAUGUUACUUAUGAAAAUUGCAAUGAGAAACGUUGGCUUACCAUGGUAAAAAGUUUGGAAGAUAAAGGUUACUUUAAAGGGAAUUUACAAGGCUCUAAAAAGUACAGAGACUUACUUUAUAAAGCUUAUGACUUUUAUCGUUCAUCAAUGGACUUUUCUCAGGAUUCAAUGACCACUGAAGAAGAAAUUGGGCAAAAAAUUCUCAAGCUACUAAAUACGGUAUCAGUUGAUCUCGAUCGCUUGAAACGAGAAGAAAAUUGCUUGGAUAAGGAAGAUAGUGAUGAAUGGAUGAAUCUUGACCAAGCAAAGUUGGAUGAUAUUCUAAUCAAACAAUUUUCUAAUGGUAAAGAUCUUAAUGAAAAUCUUGCUACAGCUAUUCCUGAAGUUUUCAAAUCAUUUAUCAACUACGACGAUUCGGGAAUCGAAGGUGCUGAAGUUCCCAGUUCACGCGAAGAUUUAAAAUGGAAAUCCAAUGGAGAUUCCAAAAAGAAUGGUAAACCAGUUGAAUUUGAUGAAGACAAGUUUGUUGAUGCUCUUAAAAACAUUCUCUCAUUUAAAUUGCCUUCAACCGAAUCAAGCUCAUCAUCAUCUGGCAUGUCAGAUUAUGAGAUGGAAAGUGCACCCGAUGAAGAUGAUAGUUUUGAGAGCGAUGAAGAUGAAAAGGGUGUUAUGCGUAUACAUCAUAGUGAAAUUACACCAACAAAGCGUCUGGGUAAAACUAAAAAGCUGACCAAAAGAAAGAAGGAUAAAAAUAACUCUGAACCGGUGGAUUAUGCGAAGGAAGUCAAACAUUACAUGGAAGCUAUGGACAGAGAAUUGGAUGAAACUGAAGUUGGUAAAAGCUUUGAAAGAAAACCGUUGAACGCAACCAAAGUUGCCCCUCCUUUGGCAAGCUGCGAUGAAGAUAUAGACCUGGACGGUGAAAGUGAUAUUGAUAAUGUUAAAAGUGAUAAUAAAGAUGCAACCCUUCCGCCCGUUGAUCCAGAAUUAACUGCCUUAAAAAACAUAUUGGAAUCUUUUGAUAGUCAAAAUGGUUUGCCUGGACCAGGAUCCAAUUUACUCUCUCUUAUGGGUGUUCAUCUUCCUCGAGAUGCAUCAUCUUCAAACCCAUAAUUAGACAACCACUGCAACUACAUAUUAAAUAAACCUUAUGGUUUAUAUUUUUCAUUUUCAACUCAAAGGUUAUUUAAAAUCCACUGAUACAAAUAAAUAAACAACUCUUGCUCCAUAUUGUUUAUCUUCAUCAUCAUCUCUCCAUUAUCAUCCUUUUUUGCUAUAAAUUAUUUUUCAAAGCAAAUCUAAACGAAAAGGAAAAAGUGAAAAUUUCAUCUAAAAAAAGAAACUCACCAGAUAUGAAAACAAAUCUCAUUCCCCAUCUAACCUACAUUUACCAUCUUAAUGAUUCGAGUUACCUUGACAAUGUUUUUUUUCUUUCUCUUUCUCUCAAUUUAACCCCAAUUCUGUUAAUGUUAUCUCUCCAUUAUUUCUCUCUAAAAGAGUUACAAUCAACAAAUUGUAACAGUUCUCAAAAUUUAAUUAUCUCUUGUAAUUAAAUGGUUUAUUAAUGAUCUAUGAUCAGAAUAGAUAUCAAGGCAUAGAAAUGAAAACUUGAUUUCCAAUUUUACCUACAUUCAUUUAGCCGAGUUUAUUUGUUUAUUCACUUUCUGAUGGAAUGAAAACAAUCAAAAAAUGUUGAUUCCUAUUUAAAAUUUUGAUUAAUAAACUCCUGACUGACUUUA